AUGUCAAAAGUCAAAAAAGAAUGUGGACAGGUGUACAGGUGUACAGGUGGACAGGUGUACCAGUGUACAGGUGGACAGGUGUACAGGUGUACAGGUGGACAGGUGUACCAGUGUACAGGUCUUGUCUUUCGUCUUCUUGUCCUCAGUAUCGUGGGCGCGGUGCGGACCGGCUCCUACAUGCUUCACGUCCUGAGCAGCGGCGGCUUCAGACGCUCCAUCUGCGCCCAGAGCUUCUACAGCGGCCCCGUCAGCAGGUUCUGGGCGUACGCCUUCGUCCUGAGCAAAGCGCCGGAGCUCGGCGACACGGCGUUCGUCGUGCUGAGGAAGCAGAAGCUGCUCUUCCUGCACUGGUACCAUCACAUCACCGUGCUGCUCUACUCCUGGUUCUCCUACAAAGACAUGGUGGCCGGCGGCGGCUGGUUCAUGACCAUGAACUACGCCGUGCACGCGCUCAUGUACAGCUACUACGCCGCGCGCGCCGCCGGCCUGCGCGUGCCGCGGCCGUUCGCCGUCCUCAUCACCAGCGCUCAGAUCGGGCAGAUGGCGAUGGGGCUGACGGUGAGCGCGCUGGUUUACCGUUGGAUGCAGCACGGCGACUGCCCCUCCCGCCUCGACAACAUCACCUGGGCGGCGCUCAUGUACCUCAGCUACCUGCUGCUCUUCUCCAACUUCUUCUACCAGACGUACCUGCGCCAUCGCCGCGGGGACGCCAAGACGCACAAGGCUGAGUAGAGGCCCGGGGCAUUGUGGGAGGUCGCACCGGACCGGAGUCCGUCUUCCUAAUGCUGCUAACGUUUAAAAACGUAACGUGACGUUUUUCACGUCGCAAGAACUCAACAUUUUUCCUCAUCGAACAUUUUCAGGAUGAAAAAUCCUCCGAAUCAGCAUCAAGUUUCAGAUCUGCACCUUCGUCUCCUCGUGUUUCAGAUCUGCACCUUCGUCUCCUCGUGUUUCAGAUCUGCGGCUUCAGAAAAAGCGUCUCACUCUUGAUUUUAAACGUCCACAAAUGAAAUCACAUCAAAGUGUUUUCAGGGAAAAACGAUACUUUGAUAAACUUUAAGUUAAACUCUGAGAGUCGAUCUGUUCGGACGAGAUUCGACUCAUUUAAAGCUGAAACUUUACCCUCUGAACAUCACUUUCAGACGCCUUUCACAAAUAUUUAACGCUUUGACCUUGUCGCAGAUUGCUUUGAAUUCUUUGGAAAAUUAUGGGGAAAAAGGCGAGAAACGAAAUUAGUAGAUUGAGAAAAAAAAUGUAAUUCUAUUCUGCCGGCGGCUCCUCCCACUCACAAAACGUAUUUCAGCUAAAAAAAAAAGUAUAUUUUCUGUUUUAUCUUUAUGUCAGACUGCGAUUUCUGAUGAGAAAAUUAAGCCUUUUUAUUGCUCUCUUUGAACCAGACUUCUUUGAGGAAAACGGUAAUUUCGGUAACUAAUGUCUGUUAGUGUCUGUCUCCGAGCUUCUUCGGUGUUUUAAACGUUUGGUUUGGAUUCACCAAAAUCACCCGAAAACACAAAUAAACUGACUGACGGAGGCAGCAGAAGACCAGCAGCUCCUGUGGUCAGAGAGCCAAAAUGACCGUUUUUCUGGUGGAGUUUGGUUUACGGACAGAGACGUCACAGAAGUUACUGACGGAAACGUAAAACAGGAAAAAUAUUCUAAACAUCGCGAGCGCUUAAACUGAGUAUUUUUGGUGACAAAAAUCGGUUUUGUCUCGUCCAAACUGACGAUACUGCAGAUAACACGCAGAUCAAAACCUCAACACCUCAACGUCAAAAAUCACAACUGGCCCUUUAAGACCGUUUAAUUUUAGCAAACCGAUCGUUUAGUGUCGAAAAUGCCAAAAAAAAGUGACGUUUCCGAAGUGUGUUUUCUGAGCGACAGUCUGAAACCUGCCGCUUUACGAAUCAAUAAUCAGUUAAUUUCUUUGAUCUGAGCGACUGAUCCUUUCAGCUCCGACUGAUUUACAAACAGGAGACAGACGUACGAAAACAGAUCUGAAACCAGUUUACGCUCCGUUCACACGUCACCUCCAACCUGAUCCAGGUUUCUGGUUUUUCCAUCAAACGUUUACAGCUGACAAACAAAAAAAGUCUAUUUAUUGAUUAUUUAUUGGACGUAUGAAGGCAGCCGACGGCGGCCGGAGAAGUCCUUUCACCAAAUGUUUUCGUUCACUAACAUCACAUAACGUUGAUCACGUCACUGAAUAUUUAUGAUUUUUUUUGCACCAGAGACUUUUGUACUAAAAGCUGUCGUUUCCUCACAAACCGGUAAAACUCCUCGUUAUUUGAAUCUGUUGCUCUGAAGUGUGCGAUUGUGAAAGUUUGACGGACGUCGAUCAGCCGAAGCUGUUUGAUUCACCACGACGACUGAUUUUCACGCUUUAAUAUUUCAGCCGUUUACGAACUUUUUAUUUAAUGUGUGAAAAAAAUAAAUAAAGAAUCUGUUUUUAAA